GCGCCGCCUAUUUAAGGUCCGCGCAGUGGCGCGCGCGGCCAGUAUAUGUUAUGACUCCGCGGCGUGCGGAGCUACGCUAACGAUUCGAUCUCGAGAGCGUGCAUUCAAAGGCAGCUCGCGCGCGGGGCUGCGCGCAAUGCCACCGGGAUGUUUUGUUUUACUUCUCAAUCUGCUUGUCUUCAUGGGGAAGGCGACUGCGAUACUGCCACUCGAGCAUCCACACUGCAGCCAUCGACACCCACGAGCGCACGAGGUGGUGCACGGGGUGCACAUAGAGCCGGCGCACGAGCUGAAGAAACGGAGCAUCAAUCAGCAGCUGCGGAUCCUCCUUCACUACGAUCACAGCGUUUACAGAUUGGACACCAAGAAAUUUGAGCUCAUCAACAACACCAUUUUACCGGAAGCCGUACACUUCUAGAGAGCCUUGAUGGUGCGAGAAACCAAGGGAACCAUACGACUCAAUCGCAAGUGCGAGAGCACGCAGGUGUUCGUGAAGGACAACUUGACGCACUGCAUCGACACGUGCAAGCCGGAGACUCUGUGCGGCGAGGUCAUCGUGCCAGAGCAGCAUCUCGACGCGUGCCGAGUGUGCAAUAAGGCGGGCCUGAACUGCCGAGUGGAGCCGGGUAGCAAGCGCGGCGAGGGCAUCGACGGCGCCGACUUCGUGUUCUACGUGUCGGCCACGUCCACGGAGCGCUGCAAGAAGGGGCUGACCGUCGCCUACGCGGCCCACUGCCAGCAGGAGGCCGCUCUCGACAGACCGAUCGCCGGCCACGCGAACCUCUGCCCGGAGAGCAUCAGCACGAAGCCCCAGGAGCUGGAGACUUUGCUGAGCACGGUGAAGCACGAGAUCCUGCACGCGCUCGGCUUCUCGGUCAGCCUGUACGCCUUCUACCGGGACGACCGUGGCGAGCCGAGGACCAAGCGCACGGAGACCGGAAAACCGCCGCUCAACAAGACGCUGCAGACGCACCAGUGGAGCGACAACACGAUCCGCACGGUGAUCCGGCACAGCUGGCAGGUGCACGGCGGCAGCGUGCGCCGCGCGAUGCAGAUGAUCGUGACGCCGCGGGUGCGCGCGGAGGUGAGGGCGCACUUCGACUGCCGCGACCUCGAGGGCGCCGAGCUGGAGGACCAGGGCGAGGACGGCACCGCGCUCACCCACUGGGAGAAGCGCGUGUUCGAGAACGAGGCGAUGACCGGCACGCACACGCAGAACCCCGUCUACUCGAGGAUCACCCUGGCGCUGAUGGAGGACACCGGCUGGUACAGCGCCAACUACUCGAUGGCGCAGGAGCUCGGCUGGGGCAGGAAGCUCGGCUGCGACUUCGCCAUGAAGUCGUGCAAGGAGUGGAUCGUCUCCAAGUCCUCCAGAUUCUCGGGCAGGUCGAUCCAUCCGUUCUGCAACAAGGUGAAGCGCGACCCGCUGCAGACCGAGUGCACGGACGACCGCAGCUCCGUGGCCCUCUGCAACCUGGUGGAGUACCCUCAGCCGCUGCCCAAGCAGUACCAGAAUUUCGACUGGAUACCGAACGUGCCGCGCGGCCACGAGGAGUACUACGGCGGCUCGGUCUCGCUCGCCGACUACUGCCCCUACAAUCAGGAGUUCACUUGGCGCGCCAACAACACCAUAGUGCGCGGCUCGCACUGCCUCUACGAGGACAAUAAUCCACAUCCCAAGAAGAACUUCGCGCUGGAGAGGUACGGCGAGAGUUCGCGCUGCUUCGACCACACCAACCAGAUGUGGGAGGAGAGAACUUGCAAGCAGGUGCGCCAGUGGCAGCACUGGGGUUCCGGCUGUUACCAAUACAAGUGCGAGGCUGGCAGACUGCACAUUAUGGUCACGAACUUCACGUACACGUGCUACCACGCCGGCCAGGAGAUCGCCAUCAGGAUAAUGCAGAACGAGUGGCUGCACAAAGGCGCCCUCGUUUGCCCGCCCUGCCGCGAUCUCUGCCAGGAGGAGUUCGCCAAGCGCGCCGAGCUCUGCAAGCCGGGCGACGAGCACCCGCCGCCCACGUUCUACCACCGCGACAGCCUGGACUGCGACUCGGCCGCGGGCCGCUGCGCCCUCGGCCGCGCCACCCUGCUCGGCCUGCUCGCCUCGGCGCUGCUGCUCAGGUGAUCGCGCGCCACGGCCGGCUAAUCGCGCGCGCGGAGGUUGUCCGCCUUCGGCUAUUGUGAUUCCGCGACGCGUGACCGAGAGACGCGCGGCAGCAGCUCGCUGCCUUGCCGACCGCCGUCUCCUCCGCCGCCGGGGCGGCGGCUCGCGGCGCGGCGAGCGCUCUCUGCCUCGUCUCUCCGGUACCGACUUCAACGUACUCGCAUACCUUGUAUUUUUAAUGAAAAUUCGAUUGUUAUUCAGCGCGACGAUUGUUUCUUAGAGCUAGUAGGUUCCACUAAGAGUAUUUCUACUUGUUGCCAUGUUACUGUAACUCGAGGUAUUGCGUACGAUCGACAGCCGCAUGCGCGCGCUUCGGCCCGUGCUGUCGCCGCCAAAUUUACAACCGACGGACGGCAGUGCGAGCCGAUCGCGCGCUCGCUUCGGAAGGGACUGACAAUUGUAAAUAAAUAAUAGACGUUCCGUUCGAGGAGAAAGACAAAACAUCGACUUUCCAGUGUGCGUGGGCACGUACUUGCAGCCGGUUCCACGCGGAACAAUCCAAAUUACGGGCCUUACCCUCGCGAGAUGCUUCGACGCCGCGAAACAAGCAGCGAGCAGUCCUGGCGGGGAAAGGCGCAGAGGGACGAGAUGCUCGCCAAUCAAGUGUGUAAAUAAAGGAACGUGUGUAGCGAUUAAGUAGAGUGCGGAGAGCUUUGGGUUGCAUUUUGAAAGGCGGACCGUGCGGUUUGUCGAUAAAGCGAAGUUGCAGAGCUCCGUUAGCAGUGCGUCAAAUUGACGGAUUUCGGCGUAUCGCAACGGCCGCUGGAUUUCCAGCGACAAGGGCGAUUCCUUUGUAUUAUGUUUCUCCUAUUGAAGACUCGUAGAGAUGUUAGAAAGAGAGAGAGAGCGGAAAAUUAUUUAAGAUUUCAUAUCACGAGUAAUGACAAAUGAAAACCUAUAUAGUUGUAAUAUAGAUCAGAUAUCUUUCGAAUCGAGUGAUAAAGUUGACGAAAAAAUUCCGUAAAUUGUUACUGUAAGAUCAUUGACUUAAUGGUUAUUAUGCUACGAUUUUUAUUAAUGUAAUUUUUAGCGGGAAAUUUUUCAACAUUUCAGAAUGCGUAUCUCCACUUUCAUAAUUGAUAUGAAACGCUAGGUACGAUGCAUAUUUGACAUUGGUUUCAUCGAUUUUCCGGUUGGCAUUUGUGAAAUAGAAACGAAUAUGAAAGUAUUGUAUUAUAAAAGUGUAAAGUGAAAUUCACAAGCUAUAUUGUACAACUUCUCGACAAUUUUUGGUAUUACCAUUGCGUUUGCGUUAAUAAGAGUAAGCUGCAAGACGAGCUUGAUCGGAAAUUCCUUACAUUUUGUAUGAAAUUCGUAUACAAACACUCGCUAUCUUGUGAAAGGAAAUGAGCAGUUCAAAACGUUAAUUACAAUUGAAAAAAAAUAUACUCAUUUCAUUCGAGCAGAAAAUACCAUCUUGAUUUCAAAAUAAAUUUCAUAAAAAAUGUGAACGAUCCGACGCUAUCUGCAGAAUAUAUCAACCACUUUACUUUUGAUUUCUAAUGUAAAUGUUAUCGUUGACGUUUCUCACGAACAAAAAAAAAUACUACGUUAGGAUCCGUUUUUUAUAAUGCGUGUUACAAAUGAUCAAAUGUUACGUGAAUAGUUGUAAGUCUAACAAGAUAUUUGUUUACAAGAGACGCUUUCACUUGUACAUUUUAUUACUUAACA